AAGAAACCUCGAGUCAAACCACACGAAAGGCAGUAUAUAUUUUUUUUAACACAGAAGGCUGCGCGCUCUAACACCGUACUGUUUUACAUCAGCCUUUCAAAAUGCAAAAUAAAUACAAGAACAAGAGACUGUGCAGCGUAGUUCAAAUACAGAAAAUCUUGGGUGUAAAGGAAGCACAACAAGGCGUACUGCGAGCCUCCCUUCUAACUUAGGCACACCCCUCUCAAAUUCAGAGUUUUGCAGUGAGAACAGGAAAAACUCGUAGCAGCAGUCCUGCGAUCGACGUACAGAGCACCAUGUCUUUUACAAAUGUUAUAUCUUUUUUAAAGGGGAAAGAGACGAUCAUUUUCAAUGCCCUCGUUGCCUUAGUCACGAUUGGGGGCCAACAGCUCUUCUCUUUCUUCGCUUUCAACUGUCCGUGCAAAGUAGACCGAAAUCUGUUCUACGGUCUCGCCUUUAUGGGAGUGCCGGCACUCAUCCUGCUCAUUGUCGGAUACGCGCUCAACGACCAGACGUGGAGGCUCAUCAUGGGGAACCCUAGCAGAGGGCGUCCCCAGGAGGCGGGGACCAGGGGCGCCUUGAGGAGAUACAAACUCGUCUGCUUCGUAUGCUGUAAAAUCACCGGCAGGGCCGUGGUGGCUCCCAUCACCUGGAUCUCAGUAACGUUACUAAAUGGUGCUUAUUAUGCUUGCGCCCUCAGCGAGUACGCAGUGGUGGACCAAGAAAUCGUCACAAGACUGCCCGAGCGCGCCCGCCAAGAACUACUGGCUACUAUGCCCUGUCCUCGGCUCGUCCCGGACAAUCUGACCUUAGUGCGGGAUGAAGUAGUCCGUGUGCUGAUGUAUCAGUCACAGGUGGCUGGCUGGAUCUUGAUUGCCAUUGUGGCAGUUUCUGGUUUCCUUUUUGUUUGCAUUGCAAGAUGGUUGUCCCCACUCAGCUUUGUUCACCUGAACUACUGGUCCCGCUAUGUGGAUAAUGAGCAGUUACUUAUGGAACAAACUAUGGAUCAACACAGUAAGAUCUUUGCUAGUCAGCACAUUAAAAAGUUCUUUGGCUUCUCCCCAGAGAACAAAGAAGUAAAGGAUAUCCGGAUCCCUGCUCGAGACGAUUGGAGGCUCAUUUCUGGUGCGGAUAUGUUUAAUGUCAUCAGCGAAGAAAACUACCACUACAGUCUUCUCCAUUCUUGGUCAGAUGAAAUGUCUGAUGAUGGAAAGUAUUUACACCUUGAUGAGGGGAUAUGUUUACAACCUUCCACUUCAGCACUCUGAACAAGUCAACCAAAAUGAAUAUCUUGUGUUUUUCAUAAAGCAUCCACAAGCAUGGAAAUGCUUAAUUAAAAUUAUUAUUAAAUAAAUUUAACAUGACUUUUACCUCACCAUACAAUCCUUGAAACAAAAUGUUUGUUGGAUGUGAAAAGUACAUGGACUCAGGUUAGAUUUAUACUCUGUAGUUCAUACUCUAUAGUUCAUUCAAAAUUUAUAUGGAAACCACAGAAUGACAUUUUAAGUUUAUUACUCUUAUUUCUUUCUGUGAUUAAACAGAUUGUUAUUGAAAGAUAUCUGCUUUGAUGCAACUGCUAAAAUGCAGCAAGUAUACAGUGCCUGAAAAAGUAUUUCUUCCUUUAAAAACAUUUUGUACUUUUUGAUUUGAAAUUUGAAAUAAAUGAAGUUAGGAUUUUCUUUUCCUUAGUUAUCUAAACCAUGUCAAAUGAAAUGGAAGGCGUUUUCAUUAAGUAUCAAAAUAUAGGCCUAAUAAUAAAGAGAUAACCAAUCAGACAUGCGAUCUAAUAAAAGUCUUAUAUAAAACAAUGUCCAAAUAAAAAUGUAAUCAAUGCAACAUAAUUCAUGUCAUUAAGACCCACCCUUACCAAAUUCAGUUAUUUGAAAAAAGUUCUGUUAUAAAGUAGUUUUCCAUAUAGAAGAAAAUAGAAUAACAAUAAGAAUUACUUGCCAAAUUCGGAAAAAAAAACUGCACUGUUUUCCACUUGGAAAAUAGUUAUUUUUUUCUAGUUUUAGAUAAUAUAAAAUGUCCCUUUUGCAUGAGUUAUGGAGGAUGCAUUACAAUUCU